AAUGGCUCCAUCAUCUUGACAGCUGUAUUUAUACCAAGACUAACUGUCUUAGCCAGCUUUGUGGGUACAAUUCACUUAAAUACAGAAACAACAAAUCUGUUGCUCUGAAUGGAGUUCCCUGUAGCCAGCGAUGGUGUUCACUCGUCUGCAUACAUACCCAGACUUCCAGUAGCCAAUGAGAAGUCACCACCUGGAGGGUAUGAUGAGUCUGGGGACUAUCAGUGUUAUGGUGAUGGGAACAGUGUAGCAUCCCUCGGAUCUCAUGCUCUAACUGGCUACGAGACUCUAGACACCCCACCACACUAUGACUUCUACGCCAACACAGGGGUGUGGGGCCGACGGAGGCGUUUCAGACCGUCUCUGUACCAGCUGCGCACAAACCCUGAGGUUGACUCCAGACCGCCCUUGUAUGAGGAGACAACAGGUGGACAGAUGGAAGGAGGAGACAGCUCAGAGGAAGAUGAGGACGAGCAAAAGGAGCCACCACCUGAACCUACUCGCUUUGGCUGGGUACAGGGAGUCAUGAUCCGUUGCAUGUUAAACAUCUGGGGAGUGAUCUUGUACUUGAGGUUGCCUUGGAUCACUGCACAAGCUGGUAUAGGUCUGACUUGGGUGAUUAUCCUGCUGUCCUCUUGUAUAACCGGGAUCACUGGACUCUCGACCUCAGCCAUUGCUACCAACGGCAAGGUCAAAUCAGGUGGGACCUACUUCCUGAUCAGUCGCAGCCUUGGUCCAGAGCUGGGUGGGUCCAUUGGUCUGAUCUUUGCUUUUGCCAAUGCUGUAGCUGUCGCCAUGCAUACUGUGGGCUUUGCUGAGACUGUUACAGACCUCAUGUCCGAAAAUGGAGCUGUCAUGGUGGAUCGAACCAAUGACAUCCGCAUCAUUGGCAUAAUCACUGUCACAUGUCUACUAGGUAUCUCAAUGGCUGGCAUGGCAUGGGAGUCAAAGGCCCAGGUUCUGUUCUUCCUGGUCAUCAUGGUGUCAUUUGCCAGUUACAUUGUUGGAACGAUCAUCCCAGCUACCCCACAGAAACAAGCCAAGGGUUUCUUUAGCUACAAAGCGGAUAUCUUUGCUGCCAAUUUUGUGCCCAGCUGGCGGGGACCAGAGGGCAGCUUCUUUGGAAUGUUCUCUAUUUUCUUCCCCUCUGCCACGGGUAUCCUGGCAGGAGCUAACAUCUCUGGAGAUCUGAAGAAUCCAGCAGUGGCUAUCCCCAGGGGAACCCUGUCAGCAAUAUUCUGGACCACCAUAUCCUACCUCAUCAUCACUGCAACCAUAGGAUCCUGUGUGGUGCGGGAUGCAUCUGGUCUGUUAAACGACACCCUGUUACCGUCCUCUUCUGUUGAGGAUUGUGUUGGUUUAGCUUGUCGAUAUGGAUGGGACUUCACAGAGUGUAUCAACGAUAGCUCAUGCACCUAUGGCAUCAGUAACUAUUAUCAGGCAAUGAGCAUGGUGUCGGCCUUCGCCCCUCUCAUCACUGCUGGUAUAUUUGGAGCGACGCUGUCCUCUGCUUUGGCCUGCCUGGUGUCUGCUCCCAAAGUCUUCCAGUGUCUGUGUAAGGACAAACUCUACCCUCUAAUCGGCUUCUUUGGCAAAAGUUACGGCAAGAAUGAAGAACCACUCAGAGGCUACCUGCUAGCGUACAUCAUCGCUGCCUGCUUCAUUCUCAUUGCCGAGCUGAACACCAUCGCUCCCAUCAUCUCCAAUUUCUUCCUCUGCUCCUACUGCCUGAUCAACUUCAGCUGCUUCCAUGCCUCCAUCACCAACUCACCAGGUUGGCGUCCAUCCUUCAGGUUCUACAGUAAGUGGUUGUCGUUGCUGGGCUUUUUGGUUUGUGCAGUUAUCAUGUUCCUGCUGAACUGGUGGGCAGCCCUCAUUGUCUUUGGUAUCGUCUUCUUCCUUUUGGGAUACACACUCUACAAGAAGCCUGAUGUUAACUGGGGCUCGUCAGUCCAGGCAAGCUCCUACAACAUCGCUCUGAACCAAUGUGUAGGCCUCAACCAUGUGGCGGACCAUAUCAAGAAUUACAGACCCCAGUGUUUGGUGCUAACAGGUCCUCCAAGCAGUCGCCCAGCUCUGGUGGAUCUCGCAGCCUGUUUCACGAAGAAUCUCAGUCUCAUGAUGUGUGGCAAUGUAGUCACUGCUGGUCCUUCCCCAUCAGUAGUGGAAAAGGUGAGCAGCGACAGUCAUGUUACCUGGUUGAACCGACGGAAAGUCAAGUCAUUCUACAGUGGUGUAGUGGCUACAGAGCUACGCCCAGGAGUGAACAUGUUGCUACAGGGGGCAGGUUUGGGUCGUAUUAAGCCAAAUGUUCUGCUGAUGGGUUUCAAGAAAGACUACCACAGUGACACACCUCAGGCUGCACACAACUACAUAGGAAUACUGCACGAUGCCUUUGACCUUCAGUAUGGUGUAUGCAUGCUGAGAAUGAAGGACGGCCUGGACGUCUCUUAUCCGCCUCAGUCAUUUGUUAAUCUCAGCUUUGAUGGAGGACAAGAGAGUCUAAACACCAUCUCUGCCCCUUCCCGCAUUCAAACAAGGACUACAUCUUCUGUCUCCACUGAACCAGAGCCUCAGCCUAGUACAGUGUUCCAAAAAAAACAAGGGAAGAAGACCAUCGAUGUGUACUGGCUGUCUGAUGACGGAGGUCUGACCCUGCUGCUGCCCUACCUGCUGACUCGGAGGAAGCGCUGGGCCAAAUGUAAGGUCCGAGUGUUUGUGGGCGGAGACACAGAGAGGAAGGAGGAGCAGAGAGAGGAGGUGUUGGCACUGAUCAAGAAAUUCCGCCUUGGCUUUCAUGAUGUUGAAGUGCUUCCUGACAUCCACCAGAACCCCCAGCCUGGGAGCAUUCAUCAGUUUGAGAACAUGGUGGGUCGCUUCAAGUUGGAUACAAAUCCCAAACAGCACUGUGAUUCUGGGCCACUGAGACAGCAGGAGGAGCCAUGGAUCAUCACUGACCAGGAUUUAGAGAGGAACAAGACCAAGUCUCUUCGUCAGAUUCGUCUAAACGAGGUCCUGCAGGAUUACUCCAGAGAAGCUGCUCUGAUUGUUAUAACCAUGCCAGUGGGGAGGAGAGGAGUGUGUCCCAAUACUCUCUACCUGGCGUGGCUGGACUUCUUGUCACAUGAUCUGAGACCUCCAAUUUUGAUGGUCAGAGGAAAUCAGGAAAACGUGCUCACCUUCUACUGCCAGUGAAAUGUCUCCUUCAGACCAGUAUACUGAUACUGAACUACAACUGAUUACUCACUAACAUCCUGACAUUUUCACUUUGAUGAUCAUCUAAUCCUGUAAUUAAUGUAUGAUUAGAUUCUGUAAUUGCCAUCUUCUGGCCCUUAAAUUUAACAUCUUAACGAUGUACACAUUUUAGAAGCUCUGCAAAUGGAAAUCACUGAAGGGAGCAUAUACAAAACUGUAGCCAUUAUUGAUUGUAAAGACAAUUGUUUAUCAAAAUGAUUUGUAAUGUUUGACAAAUAUGUGCACCACAAUGUUUUUUUUUUCCUUCAGUGGUCCAGUGUGUAGAAUUUACGGGUACGGGUCCAUGUUACCUUAGAAUGAGUCAUUUAGCUACAUAACAAGUGGAUCCUUUUCUGCGGAGUCCGCCAUGUUGUUUCUACAGGAUCCCAGAACGGACAAACCAAACACUGGCUCUGGAUAGGGCCAUUUGCAUUUUCGCAUCAGACACAAUAGUUCUCCUGUAUGCUUGGCACACGGGAGAAAUUUCAGUUGGUUGUGUUCUGCAGCCUCACCAUUAGAUGCCACGAAAUCCUACACACUAGACCUUUAAAUUUGUGGCACAACAAUUAGUUACUUUAGCUCAACUUGAUUGUUGAUAUUAACAUGUUUCACAGACUUACAGAACAAAUGAAAAAUAACUGCUAAGUACUAUGCUUACUAUAAAACUUCAAUUAAUAGCCUGGGCUAUUAUUUGCUUAAAUCCCUGAAAUCAACAGGCUUAUAU